UUGAUGUACACAUGUUACCAUGUAUUCCAGGCAAGCCAGGGAAGAUGAAUAUCACUGCCACCGACCUGCCUAGUGUGGGUGAGAACAUAACCUUGACGUGUUCCUCCACGUCCCGGAGUCUUCCAGCUGACCACAGUCUCAACAUGGCCUACAUCUGGAGAAGAAACACCACCAGCUUACUGUGUGGAGAAAGGUGCCAAAUGUCAGGCUCCACCUUGACAAUCACAGAUGUCAGAGAGGAGGACAGUGGUAGCUACUCAUGCCAGGGUACAGAGGAGGGUGGACAGGUGUCGCGAUGGAGCAGCAACUUUGUCCUGGAUGUUCAACUACGAAGCAGCACGAAUACGCAUACGACCUCUUCUGACAUUAUCAUUGGCUGUUCAAUACUGGCUAUCAUAUUGCUCGUCGUUGCUGUUGUGGUACUCGUCCGACACAAGAAUAUCAGAGAACGCUGGAAACGAAGGUUUCGUCAAGUCACUCCAGCCGACGAUACAAGCAUGUCACUUCCAGACUUGACCUAUCCUGAUUAUGAGGUCAUUGAGGAUACGUGUAUGCCGCCGCACCAAGGAUCAGCUGAAGGACAACGACCAGAUGUUACCAGUAACUUGGGCUGCCAAGAGGUUAGAUCGACCUAUGCUGAGUUUGUUGAGGCCAAUAUGCCACAAGCGGAAUCAUCUGAAGGACAGAAGGGAGAUGAAGAGGUCAGAUCGACAUCCCAGAGUUUGAAACAUCCAGCAACCAAGGCACCAGACCAAGGGGAUUUGGGCUGUACUGACCCAGAAACUACUUCAGAAUCUGGGAUUGGAGAGAGGAGGAGACAAAUGCCAACCGAAAUCCCUGAAGUGGAUGGAAAUGAUCCAUUUGGGGAACAAGGUAUGACAGUACAUGGUGCAUAUUUGAUUCCGUGUUGUCCUCCCAGGAAACACUGUCGUGGUGAAAGUAAGAAGGAAGAUGGUAUCAGUGCGGCUAAAGCUCAGUCAGUAAGCUCUCCUGUAGGCGCUCAACCCGACACAGUGUUGGGAAUCAUAUCUGAUUUAGACAAUAUCAUUGCUGAAACAAUGUCCAUUAUCCAACAAAGAGAAGAAAGACUACGCAAAACUAUUAGUGGUAUCAAAAGAGAUACUAUUGAGGCACACAAGGAGUUGGUGGUAAAGGUAUCACCAGAAAGAAGUGGUAUUAUGGCGACACAACUGGACAGUAAAGAACACAAUAUGCAACUUUCCCUCAAUGAAGAUGGAAACAUUGUUGAUGACACGGAAUGCGUGAGCAAUGACGUACAUGACGGUUUUAUCUUGCCAGGUCAGUGCGAUGACAAAAUUGUGUUAUAACUCGACCGCAUCCCUCUGACGUAGCUCAACUAACUAGCCUUAUCAUCUAUCUGUAUCUGUGGAUGCAACACCUACAUUGUCUAACAUACCCGUUCUCCUCCGUGAGCCUUCAUAUACAGAGUCAUCUGUUGUGAUCCUGUGCGCCAAAGUAACUGACCACAAGACAACCUGGGAUAAGGGAGGCUGGGAAAUUUACAGAAAAGAGCAUAUUUUUCUUUCAACGCUCCAAGACAACUCUUCACAAUGAUGAGGCACGCCACUCAUCACGCCUGCAUAUCCCCUAACAAGACAACUCUUCACAAGGAUGAGGCACGCCCCCAUCACCCCUACAUAUCCCCUAACUAGAACUCAGCUGAAGGACACAGACCACAUGUUUCAAGUAGCGCGGCCUGUCAAGGGGUUUCAUUUGGAGCUCUCAGUAUGGAUCAUAUGUCACUCCAAUACAUGACUUAUCCUGGUUAUGAUAUCAUCGGUGAAAUGUAUAUGCCACACCUAGGAGCAGCCGAAGAACAAAAGGCAGAUGUUAACAGUAGCCUGGGCUGUCAAAAGGACAGCUUGGUGACUCCUAAAGUGGGACAUCAAGCACCCACGGAACCAGACCAAGGACAUUUGGAUCAUACUGAACCAUAAACUUCUUCAGACUCAAGAGGCAGGGUACAUAGAAGGCAGGUGAAAAACGAAGUGGAUGAAAAUGUGUCUGUGAGGCAACACAGUAUGACUGUACAGGAACCUGAAACAGUCCACGAUGGUGUUACUGUAAUUAUGUUAAACCAUCUCGGGAAAUACUAUCCUGAUGAAAGCAAAGAUAAAAUUGGAAUCUCCUUUCAACGCCCUUCAGAAGACCUUGAGUCAGUCAGAUUUCCCGUAGAUGCUCAACCAGACACCGGGUUGAAAAUCAUGUCUGACAAUGUCAUUACUGAAACAAUGUCCAUUCACACUCCAAGAGAAGCGAGAUGUAGGAAUGCUGAAGCACAUCAGGAGUUCGUAGGGAAGGUAUUAUCAGAGAUUAGUUGUAUGUUGGCAACACAAAUUGACAGUACAAAACACAGUGUUGACAUGUUGGACGUGGAGCAGAAUUACCUCUAUGAAGAUGUUAGCACAGCUGAUGAAACUGAACCCUCGUGCGAUAACGGAUAUGAAGGUUUUAUGGCGCAAGGUCAGUGCGAUGAUGGAUAUGAAGGCUUUAUGGUGCAAGGUCAGUGCGAUGACGGAUGUGAAGGUUUCAUGGUUCAAGGUCAGUGCGAUGACGGAUAGGAAGGUUUUAUGGCGCUAGGUCAGUGCGAUGAUGGAUAUGAAGGCUUUAUGGCGCAAGGUCAGAGCGAUGACGGAUAUGAAGGUUUUAUGGUGCAAGGUCAGAGCGAUGACGGAUAUGAAGGUUUUAUGGUGCAAGGUCAGUGCGAUAAUAGAUAUGAAGGUUUUAUGGCGCAAGGUCAGUGAGAUGAUGGAUAUGAAGGUUUUAUGGCGCAAGGUCAGUGCGAUGAUGGAUAUGAAGGUUUAAUGGCGCAAGGUCAGUGCGAUGAUGGAUAUGAAGGUUUUAUGGUGCAAGGUCAGUGCGAUGACGGAUUUGAAGGUUUUAUGGUGCAAGGUCAGUGAGAUGACGGAUAUGAAGGCUUUAUGGUGCAAGAUCAGUGCGAUAACGGAUGUGAAGGUUUCAUGGCGCAAGGUCAGUGCGAUGACGAAUAUGAAGGUUUCAUGGCACAAGGUCAGUGCGAUGAUGGAUAUGAAGGUACCAUGGCGCAAGGUCAGUACGAUGAUGGAUAUGAAGGUUUCAUGGCGCAAGGUCAGUGCAAUGAUGGAUGUAAAGGCUUUAUGGCGCAAGGACAGUGGGAUGAUGGAUAUGAAGGCUUUAUGGCGCAAGGUCAGUGCGAUGACGGAUGUGAAGGUUUCAUGGUUCAAGGUCAGUGCGAUGACGGAUAGGAAGGUUUUA